CUAUGUUUCGCACAGGCAUGGACGUUUCAAUUCGUCCCUCAAGAUCCUGUGUCGCGAGCCCUUAACGGUCCCUGCUGGCUCUGUCACAACCUCUGUCGCGCUGUGAUCUACACUGGUCGUGGGAAUCGUAGUAGGGACUCAGGGAGACCCCGGAAACCCAGAAAUGGACUUAGUGGCCUUUGAGGAUGUGGCUGUGACCUUCACCCUGGAGGAGUGGGCCUUACUGGAUCCUUCACAGAAGAAACUCUACAAAGAUGUGAUGCGGGAAACCUUCAGGAACCUGGCCUCAGUAGGAAAAAAAUGGGAAGAUCCUGACAUUGAAGAUCAGUGCAGAAAUCAGGGGAGAAAACUAAGAAAUUAUAUGGUGGGGAGACUCUGUGAAAGUAAAGACAAUAGUCAGGGUGGAGAAAACUUCAACCUUAUUUCAAAUUUCAAUCUGAAGAAGAAAACUGGAGUAAAACCAUGUGUGCGCAGUUUAUGUGGAAAAGUCUUUGUGUAUCAUUCAUCCCUUGAUAGACUCAUCAAAUGUCACACUAGACACAAGUCCUCUGAGUAUCUGAAAUAUGGAGAGAAGCCGUAUAAAUGUAAUGUAUGUGGGAGAUCCUUUAGUUAUCUCCAGUGUUUUGAACAACAUGAAAGAACUCACACUGGAGAGAAAACCUAUAAAUGUAAGGAAUGUGGGAAAGUCUUCAUGUGCCUCAAAACCUUUCGAAAACACAUGAUAACACACACUACAGAGUCCCCUUAUAAAUGUAAGGAGUGUGGGAAAAUCUUCAGUUGUUCAAGUUCACUUCGAUUACAUGAAAGAACACAUACUGGAGAGAAACCUUAUGAGUGUAAACAGUGUGGUAAAGCCUUCGGUAUUCCUAGUUCUCUUCGAAUGCAUGAAAUAACUCACAGUGGAGAGAAACCCUAUGAAUGUAAGGAAUGUAGAAAAGCCUUCAGAUAUUACCAAAGUUUUCAAACACAUGAAAGAAAUCACACUGGAGAAAAACCCUAUGAAUGUAAAAAAUGUGGCAAAGCAUUUAGUUGUCUCAGUUACCUUCGAAAACAUGAAAGAACUCACAUUGUGGAAAAACCCUAUGAAUGUAAAAUAUGUAGUAAAGCAUUCAGGUAUCCCAGUUAUCUUCAAAUUCAUGAAAGAACUCACACUGCAGAGAAACCCUAUGAAUGUAAACUAUGUAGUAAAGCAUUUAGUUGUCUCAGUUAUCUUCGAAAACAUAAAAAAACUCAUACUGGAGAGAAACCCUAUGGCUGUAAGGAAUGUGGAAAAGCCUUCAGAUGUUAUCAAAGUCUUCAAACACAUGAAAGAAGUCACACUGGAGAGAAACCCUAUGAGUGCAAAAUAUGUAGUAAAGCAUUCAGGUGUCUCAGUGAUCUUCGAAGACAUGAAAGAAUUCACACUGCAGAGAAACCCUAUGAAUGUAAAAUAUGUCAUAAAGCAUUUAGGUGUCCCAGUUAUCUUCAAAUACAUGAAAGAAAUCACACAGGAGAGAAACCCUAUGAAUGCAAAAUAUGUAGUAAAGCAUUCAGGUAUCCCAGCUAUCUUCAAAUACACGAAAGAACUCACACUACAGAGAAACCCUAUGAAUGUAAAAUAUGUAGCAAAGCAUUUAGAUGUCUGAGUUACCUUCGAACACAUGAAAGAACUCACACUGGAGAAAAACCCUAUGUGUGUAAAAUAUGUAGCAAAGCAUUUAGGUAUCUCAGUUAUCUUCAAAUACAUGAAAGAACUCAUACUGGAGAGAAACCCUAUGAGUGUAAGGAAUGUGGAAAAGCCUUUAGUUACCACACAAACUUUCGAAGACACCUGACAAUGCACACUGGAGAGAGACCAUAUAAAAGUGCAGAAUGUGGGAAAGGCUUUAGUUAUCCCAGUUCCUUUCGAAUGCACGAAAGGACUCACUGGAUAAAACCUCUUGAAUGUAAACAGCAUGGGAAAGACUUGCAUUGGCCCACAUCCUUACAUGUGAAACUUCCCAUGGAAAAGAAAUAAAAAUGUAACAUGAGAGAAAGCUUGAUAGAAAUUAAUCCAUGUAUAAUGGGCCAGAAAACUUUCAAUAUGAACAGCUCUUAUUAAAGUUGUAAAUAUAUUGUGUUAAACCUUUUUCUUAAAGUGCAUUAUUGGACCUUGGAUUUCUACUAAUUUCAAAAAUGAAUAUUCAGAUGUGAUCAUUCUGAGAGUAGUCUUUCAACAAUAAUACAUAAGAUUAUUGAUUUUUCCUUAAAAUGUUUAAUAAGAUUUCUCUCCACUUUGAAGUGUAUUUCUUACACGGAGUUACGUUAAAUUUUUUAUGUUUUAUUCUGUCUUAAGGGGCCAUUAAAAAACAACAGUUUUGUAGUGGGAUUUUCCUAGCAUCAUUGUGGAAAUCCUUUAUAUCCCUAGAUUAGUAUAUAUAUUCUACUUUUUCCUCUGAUAAAGCUCCUUUUUGGGGCUAAUGGAUAGAAGUGUUUUUCCAUUUUUUGAUACUGAUAAAUAGUUUAAAUAAAUUUUAUGUACAGCAGUUUUAUGAAAGAAUAUAGUUUCAUGUGAAUAUUAUUUUUAUAUAUGUACCUUUGCUUUUUGUCCUUCCUUCUAACCUGUGUUUGUUGAAUUAUUUUGAUUUAAGAAGAGGGACCUGUAAUAGGGCAAGAAAAUCUACAGUUGGAAAUACCCCCCAUGGGUAAUGUUAGGAGCUUGAUUUUCCAGAAUCCAUCCCAUUUAUGGUUCCAUGUUAGAAUUUCUUUUUUUCUUUUAAGAUUUUAUUGGGGAAUUGG